AUGGCUACGAGUAAGACGCGAGCGGGAAUUCGACGCGAACGGAGGGCGCGAAAGCGACGCCAAGAUGAAGAGGCGGCAGAGAAUUGCGCGUUGGAGACCGAUUCCACCAUGCUUGAGUCGAAGUGCAUGUCCGAAAAGCCGCUCACCGCGAACCCAUUCAUUUCGCACAUCGACGUGAAGGAAGUCAUUCGAUUGAGCGACGUCUAUCGUUGUUCACAAGAUGUCUCAGUCGACGGGGAUGGCGAGACUAGUGGACUGACGAGCGAGGAGGUGACUUUGUCGCCUGCCUCGACGGAAUAUCUGCAAACGUCGAGAAAGCGCUCGAAGUCGUACAGAAAGCCGAGUUGGCUUCGUAAGCGUGAAGCGCGGCUGAACUCAACGCAUGCUCAGAGUUUGCGGACGCGAGAAGUGAAGCAAAUGACCGCCGGCAACAUCGUGAAUCGACAAAAGAAUGCGAGUUUGGGUAACGAGGUGAAACUUGCUGACGAGGUCUUCGAUCGAGGGGUGUUCAUGUUUCGUUCAAGCUUCACGAAGAAACCAGGCUUGCCGGCGACGCAUACUCUGCGAUCGAUCGGCUUGGGCGUCCGCGCAUCAAGGCGCCUUUACCUGACGAUAUUUAAGGCAAAAAAGCUUACGAAGGCUACAUCGAAGCACAAGACAGAUCGCGCUUUGCGGCAGGCAAAGAGUACGUAUAGAAUUCCGCAAAAGCACCGCGACACACUUUUACCGACGUUGCGGGCGAUGUUGGACAAGGUUCGAUGUUGCCCAUUCACGAACAUCCUCAACAAGCACGCUCCCAUGCCGCGUGAGCUAAUGGUCUCCACGAAACGAGUCGGUGAAUUGAGUCAAGCGUCGCUGUUAUCUGCGUAUACGGCACCACGAAGAGUAGCCGCCUUUGUUUGGGAAGUCAUUGAGCGCCUCGUGCCCGUCGAACUCUUGGGGUCGGUCCAAACACGAAAAAGCCUGUACGGUUGCAUUCGCCGAAUUGUGUCGUUGCGAAGAUACGAGCGGUUUACUUUGCAUGAAGUCAUGCAAGGCAUCCGAACGGCAGACUUCAAGUGUUUCAAGGCGAAAACGACCAAUGCGAGUAACGCAGGACAGGUGGAGGCGAGUCAGCGGAGAAUGGUCACCAAAUGGAUCAGCUGGCUCGUGCAAGAGAUGGUCUUCCCAAUCAUACGAUGUCAUUUCUACGCCACGGAUACGCAAACACACAAAAAUAGGAUAUUCUUUUACCGGAAAGGGAUUUGGUCUCGGCUCGUCACCGCCACACUACAAAGCUUGGAAGAAACGUCGUUCAAGCGCCUCACGGCGAAGGAAGUGACAGCGAUGAUGGAUAGAUCGAAUGCGUCCAACUUGGGGUUUUCGAACAUGCGAUUUUUACCGAAAGGCUCGGGGUUACGACCUCUAGCGACGCUGAACAAACCGACGACCUUUGUCGUCAAGGGCGGCGGGAAGAAUUCAAUGCGGUGGUUGAAGAAAUUCGAUGCGAUAAACAGACGGUUGAAAGACGUGCAGGAUAUUCUCCACCACGAGACAGUUCGAGAUCCGAACGUCUUAGGCGCAGCCGUCGGAGAUUAUAAGGCGGCUCUUCUUCGUCUUGGACCGUGUCUACGCGCGAUUCGUCGCCAAAAGUUACUUGGACGGCGUCCUCAGGCGUACAUUCUCGCGACUGACAUUAAAGGCGCUUUCGAUAAUCUUCCGCUCGAAUCUCUCGAGCGCGUGGCCUUGGACCUAAUCUCAAGCUCAUCAUAUCAAACGCUUCAUUAUGCCGUCGUGAAACAAAACGGUGAGGCAAAAUAUAAAAAGUUGGUGUCUUCCCUUCCGACCGCGGCGAAAGGCGAAAGAGUGCCGGGACCUCUCGUGACUGAAGCGCAGCGCGUUUCGAACACCGGCGGUGCGGCGAUUCUUGGUAGAGAGAGCAGAAACUCGAUCGUCAUUGACGCAGGAUUCGCUAAGGAAAUUUCCGAUGAAAACAUAGUGCCGUUAUUGCGCGCACAUCUACGAGAAAACAUCAUCUCUGCGCGCGGCAAGUUCUUGUUACAAACCGUCGGAAUCCCGCAGGGUUCGAUUGUAUCUCCGCUUUUGUGCAGCCUAUUUUACGGCCACCUCGAACACGAGUAUGGAUUAUUGAGCGGUUUCUGUGGCGAGCAAUCAACCGUGUGUCGAUGGAUGGACGACAUGCUUCUCGUCACCACCGAUCUUGAUCGGGCCAAAGCGUUCGUCGACAUGUGUAAGAAAGGUUUCGAGGCGCACGGCUGCACUCUAAACACCACAAAAACGCUUUCAAACUUCGACCACGGAGAAGACGUACGACAAAGGACAUUUGUGAACGCGGAUGGGCGAAGUUACAUCCCGUGGUGCGGUAUAUUAAUCGAUUGCCUAACGCUAGAAAUAAUGGUGGACUACUCGAGGUACUCGGGAGAAUUCGUUCGAGAGUCGAUGAAUCUACCGCUCGGGCGCAAGGCGUGGACGCGUCUACCCGAACGCAUUUGUGGCUUUUUGAAGCCAAAAUGUGCGGCUAUAUUUUUCGACGAGAGUAUCAACAGCAAAGUCACCGUGCGCGUCAACGUCUACCAGCUCUUCCUCAUGGCGGCGAUGAAAACACACAGCUACGUCGCUGCGACGAGCGCGAUUCCGGGAUGCGAGCAAAUCUCAUCGCUUGCACUUUAUCGCGCGAUCAAGCACGCCGUUCGUUUCGGACAAAUAUUGAUACAGCGUCAGAGUAGCAGCGCGCGCGCGCACUGCAGUAGCGUCGGGAGACUGCCGGACUCGCACGUUGAAUUUCUCGCUAUCCAAGCCUUCUUGAAAGUCCUUCAACAAAAGCAGACGCGAUACAAGCGAGUAAUUCAGCUAUUGAACUCGCGACUCACCUCACAAGGCAUGAAACGAACGUGCAGAAACGGUCUGCUCACACAAGCGAUGGAACCAUCGCGAAACACGAUUUUCACACAUAUUAGAUUUUAG